CUCACUAUAUUCGAGUUCCUUUAUUUUCCUGUAUCUUUGCAACUGUGUUCAAAAAUUAUUUAUCUGUGAGCUUGUUUUUCAAUUUAAUAGUGUUGUCGGCAGUCCACUAUGCUUACAAUUUGAUAAUUCUCAGCGGGAUACGGCACAAAAUGUGUAAAGUUAUCGUGACGUUUUAGGACACGUAUGUGUUGAUGAUGUUGGAGUAUUGAUACAUAAUUUCAUGUUUGUAAUGUUUUAUAACAAAAUUUAAGUGAAAAUGCACCAUAAAACCAUCAUUUUAAUUUGCGUUAUGAUUAUGUGUUGUGAAUUCACUGAGGAAACUGCAAAAGGGCCACCUGAAAAAAAGAAAGAUGAGAGUGAGGAAGUGCAAACUGAGGAAGAUAGUACUUAUUAUGAAAGCAAGGAAUUUGUUGCCUCUAUAGAAGAUAGAGAUGGAACUACAGCUAUACGGAUUGAACCAGCACCAGAUCUAACUAAAGAACAAGACAAACAGAAAGAGGCAUUAGAUUUUAUAAUGUUAAACCAGGCCAAGCUAAUAGAAAAGAUGGUUAAAGAUUUUAAUAUCCUUAACAGGGUGAAGGAUUCUGAUAAAAAUUUAGAACCUGAAGAGCUUCCACCUGUACCAGCAUCUGUCUCACAACUAAAGGAGUUGACUCCUGAAGAAGAGGAAGCCAAAAAUAUUUAUGAAAAUGCAGCAACAAUGCUUAAUAAAACAAGGCCAGAUAAACUGAAAGCUUAUGAAUUGCUGUUGGAAGCAACAAAGAAAGGGAAUUUAGAUGCUAAAGCUUUGGUAGCUUGGGCAAAAUUGUUUGGAAAUCCCCUUAAGCAGAACAUUCAAGAAGCGAAAGAAAUGUUUGAAGAGUUAGUAGCAAUGGGUAAUCCAGAUGGGCACAUGGGGAUUGGAUUUUUAUAUGCGACUGGGCUCUCGGUAAAUGUUAGUCAGGCAAAAGCGCUAGUGUACUAUACAUUUGGCGCUUUAGGUGGAAAUACGUGGGCGCAAAUGGCGUUAGGUUAUCGAUACUGGUCUGGUAUCACUGUAACUCCUAAUUGUGAAAAAGCUUUGGAUUUUUACAGGCAGGUUGCUGAUAAAGUAAGUCAGGGAGUGUCAUUUAGUGGUGGAGCAGCUAUACAAAGAAUUCGGUUGUUAGAUGAGCUAGAAAAUGGUUACACUUCAGGAAUUUUAGACAAUGAUUUGUUUGAAUAUUAUCAGUUGCUGGCUGAAAAAGGAGAUGUUCAAGCUCAGGUUGGCCUUGGACAAUUACACUAUCAAGGAGGCAGAGGCGUCGAUCUUGAUUAUCAAAAAGCAAUGCAUUAUUUUACUCAAGCCGCUAACGCCGGUAACGCGAUGGCAAUGGCGUAUUUGGGAAAGAUAUAUUUGGAUGGAAGUGAUGAUGUUCAGGCUAACAAUGACACCGCAUUUAAAUAUUUUAAAAAGGCGUCGGAAUUAAAUAACCCCGUGGGUUUGAGCGGCCUGGGACUGAUGUAUCUUUAUGGCAGAGGAGUGGAAAAAGAUUACGCAAAAGCUUUUCAAUAUUUCCAGGCUGCGGCCGACCAAGGAUGGGUCGACGGGCAGCUGCAACUCGGCAAUAUGUAUUUCAGUGGACUGGGCGUUAAAAGGGACUACAAACUCGCUAAUAAAUACUUUUCGUUGGCCUCUCAGUCGGGGCAUGUGUUGGCGUAUUACAAUCUUGGUCAGAUGCACGCUAAAGGUACCGGAAUGCUUAGGUCAUGUACAACAGCCGUCGAACUGUUUAAAAAUGUUGCGGAAAGGGGUAGAUGGGGCGAAUUCUUGAUGAUGGCCCAUUCCGACUAUCGCUACGGACAUUACGACCAAUCGUUUAUUCAGUAUGCUUUGUUAUCCGAGUUGGGUUAUGAGGUGGCCCAGAGUAACGCUGCUUUUUUGUUAGAUAGGAACGAAGUUCCAAUGUUAAGUACUCACGAGUCGUUAGUUAGAGCACUUCUUUAUUGGGGCAGAGCAGCUGCUCAAGGAUAUUCAGCAGCUCAGGUGAAACUUGGCGAUUACUAUUAUUACGGCUUGGGAACCUCGGUUGAUUACGAAACGGCGGCUACUCAAUACCGAAUUGCUGCCGAACAGCAACAUAACGCGCAAGCUAUGUUCAAUCUCGGAUACAUGCACGAACAAGGUUUAGGUAUGGACAGGGACAUUCAUCUGGCGAAGAGGUGUUACGAUUUAGCAUCCGAAACCAACGUCGAUGCUAAAGUACCUGUUGCGUUGGCACUUCUUAAGCUAAACUUUGUUUACAGAAUGGACAACUUGAAACAUAGUCCGAUAACGAAUCUUUUAAAUUUUGAUGAAUUUUUCGGUUCCAACUGGGAUUUGUAUGUACUUUCGACGCUUAUGGCGGUCCUGGGUGUAAUCAUGUAUUUGAGAAGACCACAAGCAGACAUUCCACGCCUCUGAUAAAUAUUUCGAUAUCUAUAAAAAAUAUCUUAAUGUAAACCCCAAAUGAAUGUUGCGUUUGUUACUUAUAAAUUACGAAAACCGAACUAAAUGUAACGACUUUAAUUGGAAUGAAUUUUCGAGAGUUUCGAAAACAAUUGUUGAAUGAAUUUCUUCCAGUUGAAGUAAUUGCCAAUGCGCUGUUGAACUAAU